GGUGAUGUCACCUGCGAGUUGGUAACCUACGAGCGGCUGUGAAGGAAACUGUUUAACCGGGUCCCAUUGUACCCAGAGCGCAGAGCCGCCUUUCCAGCAUGCAGGGGUUGCUCAGAGUUUAAUCACUCAAGAAAUAGAACAGGAUUCAGCCAUGGCCCCAAGGAAGAGAGGUGGACGGGGGAUUUCAUUCAUCUUUUGCUGUUUCCGAAAUAAUGAUCACCCAGAAAUCACAUAUCGGCUGCGGAAUGAUAGCAACUUUGCCCUUCAGACCAUGGAGCCAUCGUUACCCAUGCCCCCUGGGGAGGAGCUGGACGUCAUGUUUAGUGAACUUGUGGAUGAGCUCGACCUCACAGACAAACACAGGGAAGCUAUGUUUGCACUUCCAGCUGAGAAAAAAUGGCAAAUAUACUGCAGCAAGAAAAAGGAGCAGGAAGAAAACAAGGGAGCAACAAGUUGGCCUGAAUUCUACAUUGAUCAGCUCAAUUCCAUGGCUGCUAGAAAAUCCCUGCUGGCUUUAGAGAAGGAAGAAGAAGAAGAGAGAAGUAAAACUAUAGAGAGUUUGAAGACGGCACUAAGGACAAAACCAAUGAGGUUUGUAACCAGAUUCAUCGACUUGGAUGGCCUGUCAUGUAUUCUCAACUUUCUAAAGACCAUGGACUACGAGACCUCGGAGUCUCGAAUACAUACCUCUCUCAUUGGGUGUAUAAAAGCGCUAAUGAACAACUCUCAAGGUCGGGCUCACGUCCUGGCUCAUUCUGAGAGUAUUAAUGUAAUUGCUCAGAGUCUGAGCACAGAGAAUAUUAAAACAAAAGUGGCUGUGCUGGAAAUCUUGGGCGCCGUGUGCCUGGUUCCCGGGGGCCACAAGAAGGUUCUGCAGGCCAUGCUGCACUACCAGAAGUACGCCAGCGAGAGAACCCGCUUUCAGACGUUAAUUAAUGACUUGGAUAAAAGCACGGGACGGUAUCGCGAUGAAGUGAGUCUGAAGACAGCCAUCAUGUCGUUCAUCAAUGCAGUGCUGAGCCAAGGGGCAGGCGUGGAAAGUUUGGACUUUAGACUUCAUCUGCGCUAUGAAUUUCUGAUGUUAGGAAUUCAACCUGUGAUAGAUAAAUUAAGGGAACAUGAAAAUUCAACAUUAGAUAGGCAUUUAGAUUUUUUUGAAAUGCUCCGAAAUGAAGAUGAACUAGAAUUUGCCAAAAGAUUUGAACUGGUUCACAUAGACACGAAAAGUGCGACUCAGAUGUUUGAGCUGACAAGGAAGAGGCUGACCCACAGCGAAGCUUACCCUCACUUCAUGUCCAUCCUACACCACUGCCUUCAGAUGCCUUACAAGAGAAGUGGCAACACUGUUCAGUACUGGCUACUACUAGAUAGAAUUAUACAGCAAAUAGUUAUCCAAAAUGACAAAGGACAGGACCCUGACUCCACACCUUUGGAAAACUUUAAUAUUAAGAAUGUCGUACGAAUGUUGGUUAAUGAAAAUGAAGUUAAGCAGUGGAAAGAACAAGCAGAAAAAAUGAGAAAAGAGCACAAUGAGCUACAACAGAAACUGGAAAAGAAAGAGAGAGAAUGUGACGCCAAGACCCAAGAGAAGGAGGAGAUGAUGCAGACCUUAAAUAAAAUGAAAGAGAAACUUGAAAAGGAGACCACUGAGCAUAAGCAAGUCAAGCAACAGGUGGCAGACCUCACUGCCCAGCUCCAUGAGCUCAGCAGGAGGGCUGUCUGUGCUUCCAUCCCAGGUGGACCCUCGCCGGGAGCCCCAGGGGGGCCCUUUCCUUCCUCUUUGCCAGGGUCUCUCCCUCCCCCACCACCCCCACCUCUGCCAGGUGGAAUGCUUCCUCCUCCGCCUCCUCCUCUCCCUCCAGGUGGUCCCCCUCCUCCCCCAGGGCCUCCUCCCUUAGGGGGCAUCAUGCCACCUCCGGGUGCUCCUCUGGGUCUCGCACUCAAGAAGAAAAACAUCCCUCAGCCCACCAACGCCCUGAAAUCCUUCAACUGGUCCAAGCUGCCCGAGAACAAACUGGAAGGAACAGUAUGGACCGAAAUUGAUGAUACAAAAGUCUUCAAAAUUCUAGAUCUUGAAGACCUAGAACGAACUUUCUCUGCCUACCAAAGACAGCAGAAAGAAGCAGAUGCCAUCGAUGACACACUGAGUUCCAAACUUAAAGUCAAAGAGCUUUCGGUGAUUGAUGGUCGGCGAGCUCAGAAUUGCAACAUCCUUCUAUCAAGGUUGAAAUUAUCCAAUGAUGAAAUCAAACGGGCAAUUCUAACAAUGGACGAGCAAGAAGAUCUGCCCAAGGACAUGUUGGAACAGCUCUUGAAAUUUGUUCCUGAAAAAGGUGACAUUGACCUGUUGGAGGAACAUAAACAUGAACUGGAUCGGAUGGCCAAGGCUGAUAGAUUCCUUUUUGAGAUGAGCCGAAUUAAUCAUUAUCAGCAAAGACUGCAGUCACUGUACUUCAAAAAGAAGUUUGCAGAGCGCGUGGCAGAAGUUAAACCUAAAGUAGAAGCAAUUCGUUGUGGCUCAGAGGAGGUGUUUAGGAGCGGUGCCCUGAAGCAGUUGCUAGAAGUGGUUUUGGCAUUUGGAAAUUACAUGAAUAAAGGCCAAAGAGGCAAUGCUUAUGGAUUCAAGAUAUCCAGCCUAAACAAGAUUGCUGACACAAAAUCCAGCAUUGACAAGAACAUUACACUUUUACACUAUCUUAUAACUAUUGUGGAAAAUAAAUACCCCAAGGUUCUCAAUCUAAAUGAAGAACUGCGGGAUAUUCCUCAAGCAGCAAAAGUAAACAUGACUGAGCUGGACAAAGAAAUAAAUACCUUGAGAAGUGGCCUGAAAGCAGUAGAGAUGGAGCUGGAAUACCAGAAGUCUCAGCCCACGCAGCCUGGAGAUAAGUUUGUGUCCGUUGUCAGCCAGUUCAUCACAGUAGCCAGCUUCAGCUUCUCUGAUGUUGAAGACCUUCUAGCAGAAGCUAAAGACCUGUUUACCAAAGCAGUGAAACACUUUGGGGAAGAGGCUGGCAAAAUACAGCCGGAUGAGUUCUUUGGCAUUUUUGAUCAAUUUCUUCAAGCUGUGUCAGAAGCCAAACAAGAGAAUGAAAACAUGAGGAAGAAGAAAGAGGAGGAAGAGCGCAGAGCUCGCAUGGAAACCCAGCUCAAAGAACAACGUGAAAGGGAACGUAAAAUGAGGAAAGCAAAGGAGAAUAGUGAGGAAAGCGGAGAGUUUGAUGACCUGGUUUCAGCUUUACGCUCAGGAGAAGUGUUUGACAAAGACCUUUCUAAACUGAAACGGAAUCGCAAACGUAUCACCAACCAGAUGACGGACAGCAGCCGAGAGAGACCAGUCACAAAACUUAAUUUCUAAUUUUCCUUGAGUACUUUUUUAGAAAGCUCAUUAGCACUCCUUUGAAGUGACUAGAACUUUUCAUUACACUGCCUUGCAACCCGAACAGUGGCAAUUUCUUCUUUCAUCUGUGAGUGAAUGUGUGAAUGUGUGUAUGUAAAUGUAUGUGUAUAUGUAUAUUAAAAAAUGUAUAUAGAAGUCUGAGUGUUGUCUGGAGACCUAUCUGUAUGGUAAAAACAAAAAACACCUAUGUCAAUGUAUGUGCUCAGAAACCGUUUGUGUAUGCAUUCAUAUUGGGUGUGGCUCAUUUUCUUCCCCUGAACACCACGACUGUUCAGAAGCACAAUACUAUCUCCUGAAAGAGAUAACAGAGACAUUCCCUAGAGUAAAAACAAAAACAAAAGAAGAAGAAAACAAGCUUGAGAAAUAUUUUAUAUGGUUUCCAAGCUUGGUAUACUUUGAAGUUAUUUUCAUUGGUGAAACUGGUAUUGGAAAAAUAUAGAUUUAAAAUGCUUUUUGAUAGUUGACAAUGUGAUGCUGGUGCAUUGCAUCAGUAAUUGAUAGGACCAGCUUAGAAUUUCUGACAUUGGUGUGGGGAUCCAGUCUGUAAAUGUUUAUUGAGGACAUCUUGCACACAAUCUGAAUUAUGUAGAAUGUCAGUCAGAACGUUUUUGUGUAUUUAAAACUUGAACAUCAAUUUUUUUUCCCCCCAACUUCAUCGAGUUCUCUGCCAAGCGCUCUUGAUGAUUUCUUUACAUUGCUUUUGGAAGGAACACUAUUUAUCCAAAUGGUCUUGUUAUAGAACAAGAUGCCAGAAUGUGCAUGUUGUUCUAACAAUAUAGAUAUAUAAACUUUAAAAAUAAAAUUCCCACCCAAGACCUAAAAGGAGAAAUUCUCUGAAGGGAUAAAAAUUA